UCUUUUUUUUAAAAAUUUUUGGUGAAGUUCAAGUAUAAUCCAUAAAAAGUGUUUUUAUUAGUUAUUUUAAUAUCUCGUUUUCAAUAAUCAUUUAUUUUUCGAUUUUAUAUUUUAAUAAAAUAUUAUAUAUUUUAAAUUCUUACAUUCAAAUUUCACGGUAAGAAUUCUUCUAUCCAUUUUCAACCAAUCAAAACGCAAUUGCAAUAUUAUACAAUAUUUGCUAUUUAUAAUUAUUUUAUAAUAUUAAAAGUACGUAAAUAUAUAUUUGUUUUCUAUUUAAAAAAAAAUUAGUAUACGAAUAAUUAUAAAAUAAUUAUAAAAGAAGGAACAAUAUAGUAUAAAAUAAUUAAAUAUAUUAAAAAAGAAGAUAGAAAAAGAGAUAGAUAGCAUCGCGAAAAUGAUUAGCAUCAGAAAAUAGUUCAAUAAAAUAAGAGACAAAUUUUGAAAGUUAAUUGCGUCGUAUGUGUUCCGAAAAACCGCGGUCUUCGUUGGCAAUGGCACCCGUUCACAGCUGUGUCGGCGUCGCGCGCAUCUCAUUUGACUCGUUCCGCGACAGCAGAAAUCAAGAUGGCGCUCCUCUGUUUGCGGAUUGUUCUGCGACGAAUAUAAAUACGUGAAAAAAACAGUGCGAGAAACGGUUACAACGUAUUGAACAGAUUGUGAGGAUUGGUAUAUGCGUAUGAUAUAGUGACAAUCGAUUGGUAACGUGUCGCGAUAACUGUAAAGCAAGGUAGCCGGGUAAGCCGCUGCGGUAUUUCGAACAUCGGCGAAGGUGCUGUCGGUGCCCACCUGAGGAAUGCCAGAUUAUCCUCACUACGGUAACUCGCUCGGCAGGGGGAUGCUAAUCGCGUGACGGAUCGCGUGCAAGUUGAAAGUGUUUCGUAGGUGAUCCCCCGCAAAGGUGUACGGUCGUGUUUGUUCCGUGACGUAUGUGUGUCGCGGAGGGCUGUAAGACAGGUCGGUCGCGAGUGUCGUCGUCGUCGUCACCGUCGUCGCCGUCGUCGCUAUCGUCGUCGUGGUCGGCUUCGUGUUCGUGUUUAGUGUGCCGCGAGUGGCGUUUUUCGCGGCUUCGAUGUGCUCUCGUCCUCCCUUGGAUUUCUGGACAGGCGAAAUCAGCUGCUGCUGGAACAACUAGUCCGGCGGCUCUGGAAGACGAUCCUCUUCUACAGGAGCGGUGGGGCAAGGAGGUGCCGGAAGCAGCCGCGAGUCCGGAAGCAUAACGAAGAAGAUGGCCUUCAACGAGAAGGUGGACCCCGAGCUGAUAUUCACGAAACAAGAACGAAUUGGGAAGGGUAGUUUCGGAGAGGUGUUCAAAGGCAUCGACAAUAGGACCCAGCAGGUUGUCGCCAUCAAGAUCAUCGAUCUCGAGGAGGCGGAGGAUGAGAUCGAAGAUAUACAGCAGGAGAUCAUGGUGCUGUCCCAAUGCGACAGCCCAUACGUCACCAAGUAUUACGGGUCCUAUCUCAAGGGAACGAAACUAUGGAUUAUUAUGGAGUACUUGGGUGGCGGCUCGGCCCUGGACUUGAUGAAGGCCGGUAACUUCGAGGAAAUGCAUAUCGCGGUGAUAUUGCGCGAGGUGCUCAAAGGGUUGGAUUAUCUUCACAGCGAACGGAAGCUCCAUCGCGAUAUUAAAGCGGCAAACGUUUUGCUGAGCGAGAUGGGCGACGUCAAGUUGGCCGAUUUUGGCGUUGCCGGACAGUUGACCAAUACGACCAGCAAACGAAACACUUUCGUCGGGACGCCGUUCUGGAUGGCGCCGGAAGUCAUCAAGCAAGCUUCCUACGAUUCCAAGGCUGACAUUUGGUCGCUGGGCAUCACGGCGAUCGAAUUGGCCAAGGGAGAACCGCCGAACAGCGAGCUGCAUCCUAUGAGGGUCCUGUUUCUCAUACCGAAGAACAAUCCGCCCCAAUUAACCGGAAAUUAUACGAAGCAAUUCAAGGAAUUCGUCGAGGCCUGCCUCAACAAGGACCCUGAAAACAGGCCGACGGCGAAAGAACUAUUGAAGUUCCAGUUCAUCAGGAAGGCGAAGAAAAACUCGUACCUGAUCGACCUCAUAGACAGAUACAAAAAGUGGAAGUCGCAGAGAAGCGAGGAAUCCGAGACGGAGAGCGAAAAUUCGGACUCGGAAGAGUCGAAGCAGGAUAGCGACAUGGACGAUCCAUGGAUAAUGACGGUGAAAGGUCCACACGUGGUUAAAGGUCCCGUGGUUCCUAUGCUACCGUUGGACGAGCAGCCACCCUCGUUGACCCUCACACACACGCCGAAUCACAGAUCGACGAAUCACAAUCAACAAGCGAAGCCACACGCGAACGGUACCUCGAGAUCUCCGCCAAACGAUUCCACGUUGAAUCAUUACAGGAGCGAGUCGAGGGACUCGGUUCGCGAUGGCCAAGCGAAGCAUACGCCGUCCCGACCGCACGAGGCUGCACCACCGCCGCCCGUGGAUACGCGAGAAAAACGAGAGGAACGAGACUACCGGGAUUUCAAUCGGGAUUCCUCGUUGAGGGAGUUGAAGGAGAUGCGCGAGAGCAGGGAGAGCAGGGAGAGCAGGGACAGGGAACGGGAUAGAGAAGGGCGGGAAAGGGAAAGAGACAGGGACAGGGAGAGGGAGUUUAGCGCGAAAGAGAAGAGGAACAGUAAACCGGACGUACCUGUCGUACCUAUGGUGGACCAUAGGCCCGGUGAAGACAAACAGAGACCAAGGAGCUCGCAGGAACUGAAGCAUUCUCGAAGCGCGGCUCUUUCCGGUGUUGUUUUACCUCUCCUGUCCGAGCUUCAAAGGAAACAUCAAUAUUCGGCAAGAGACAAUAAUGGUGAGGGCGGAAGCGGCAUUGGCAAGAACGGAGGCGCGAUAGAGGAACUGCGCAGUGCGUUCGAAACAGCGGAACGCACCUCGCCAGGAAUGACCGAGGCCCUUAUCAGGGAACUCCUUAAGUCUUUACUUCCUGCCAAUCACUCGGAGGGCUGUCUGUUUAUGCUGAUGGAAAAAGUUAUCCUGAGGGAUACGUAGGGACGCGAGAGAGCGAGGGUUCGCAAGAGAUUGUGGUCCGAAAACAUCCUGACAUUGUAACGAUUCGUUAUUUCUCGUUUAUCAGAGUAAUUAUUCCGUGUGAUGCCGGUAUAUAUGUUGUUCACGAUUACCGGAUCCGAGCGUAAGAGAUGAGUAUAGAUGAAGAACGUCGCUGCAACAGCCCGGAUAUUUUCUUUCCCUUCGGUCUGCAGAGAUUAGGCUCGACAACAAAGCUCGUCAAAUUGUAACUUUUAUCCGAUUAUCCCGUUUCCGUGUCCAAUUCAACGCGAAGUGCUCGUUAGAUAGAGAGAUAAAAUAUUAUAGCGACAUAUUUUAUCGCGCGAAAUUCACACAUUUUAAGAGCGAUAAUAUCGAUUUAUUUCCGUUCGAAAACAGAGCAAAAGUUAGAGAUUUAUCUACUACAGUAAAAAAAAAAAAAAAAAAAAAAA